AAAGGCAGCCGAGACGGAAGCGGCAAGAGUCGGUCGCUGGGAAUAUGGCGGAGAGGCGCGGCGUGAAGCCCUUGCGGGAGGGUGAAGAAAGAAAGAUUGACUGGCGCAAAUGGAAGCAAGAAAAAAAGGAGGAGAAGAAAAAAUGGAAAGAGAGAAAGCUGUUGCGAAAACUAGAAAAGAAGAGAAUGCAAGAGCUGACAGAGAAACAGAAAGAAGAGGUGAAGCCGGAGGAAGAGAAAGGGCGCCACUAUACGGUCAGCGUCGCCCUUCCAGGCUCCAUUCUCAACAACGCGCAGUCGCCAGAGCUCCGGACAUACCUCGCCGGUCAGAUUGCCAGGGCCUGCGCCAUCUUUUGCGUGGACGAGAUUGUGGUGUUUGAUGAGCAAGGAGAAGAUUCAAAGACUACAGAAGGAGAGUUUGAGGGGGUCAAGAAGAGGGGGCAAGCCUGCGUGCAGUUGGCCCGGAUUUUACAGUACCUGGAGUGUCCCCAAUACCUAAGGAAGUCUUUUUUCCCAAAACACCAGGAUCUACAGUUUGCAGGACUCCUGAACCCUUUAGACAGUCCCCAUCAUGUGCGGAUAGACGAGGAAUCGGAGUACCGUGAAGGGGUGGUUUUGGCGCGGCCUACCAAGCCAGGCCGAGGGUCCUUUGUUAACUGUGGGAUGCGGAAGGAGGUGCAGAUAGACAAGCAGCUGGAGUCUGGCCUUCGGGUCACGGUGCGGCUUGAGAAGCAGCAAAAUCCUGAUAGCAAAACACAGAAGGGCACAGUAGUGUCCUCGCACCAACCCCGAACCGUUUCAGGCCUUUACUGGGGUUACAGCGUUCGUUUGGCUUCCUGCCUGAGUGCCGUGUUCGCGGAAUGCCCUUUCAAAGAAGGCUACGAUCUCUCCAUUGGGACCUCUGAGCGGGGGACCUCUGUGGACCACGCCACUCUGCCUUCUUUCAGCCAUGCUCUGAUCGUUUUUGGUGGUUUGCAAGGCCUAGAAGCUGGUGUGGACGCCGACCCAAACUUGGAGGUCUCUGAUCCGAGCACCGUGUUUGACCUUUAUUUGAACACCUGUCCGGGACAAGGCAGUCGCACCAUCAGGACUGAGGAAGCAAUACUCAUCUCUCUGUCAGCGCUAAGGCCCCGGAUCGAUGAAACAGCAAAGAAAAGCAGGGGCAACGGAAAUGAAGCGUCCCAGCCAGAAAAUGUGACAAGUUGAAUGCUUCCUGUCUCCCCCCUACCCGUGUCUUUGGUGGCUAAGCUGAAAAAGAAGGCAGUGGGGGACUUAACUUCCCCCAACUGCUUGAUCAUCAUUCCCACCACCUCUAAGGGCCAGGAAAUAGGCCAAAAUGGGCUGGUAUGGUGGAAACAACGGAUCAUCCAGAUGCAAACCGAGGAGGAACUGGGUGAACUGUGAAAUCGGCCGAAGAAAUGAGAAAGGUUCUGUUUGGAACAGCAGCCUGUACUUCUACGUCUGUUAUUCAGGCACCGCACUCAUAUUUUGCAUAGUCUGCCAUGCAGACUUUCAAGGAACAUGGAGUUUUAAAAUAAAGCAUUUUUGGCAUAAUCAAAUACGGUAUUGCAGAAAUAUCUUAA